AUGGCAACAACUCCUUCGCAAAAAGCCUCAGCUAAAUCGUCUGUCAAACCGAACAAGCUCGUCGUUCUUCGUAUAGCUCCCCAUCUGUUGAAGAAGUUCAGCCCGCUGUCUGAAGACGUCUCUGAGCCAUCGCCCACCGCCUCUCCUGCGCCUGCUUCAACCCCCCUCAUCAACGCUCCGGCACCAGAAGCUUCAGAAACAAAUGGCACUCCUGUCCCCGGCACCGAUGCCACUGCCACAGACAACAACUCCCUAGCUCCUCCCCCAGCUACCAACGGCAAGAGGAAGGGUGUUCCCGGCCCCAAGCCUGGCACAAAACGAACUGCAGCACAGGCUGAAGCAGGUCCAAAUGCAAAGCCUAGAGGAAAGCCUGGCCCCAAGAAAAAGCCUCGUCUGGCUGACGGAACCAUUGACAGAACUGCCGAGGGCACAAAGAAGGGACCAUUCGGUGGUGUAGCUCCUAUUGCUACCCACAAGCUAGGUCCCAAGGCCAACACCGGAGCCAUCAACGCUGGCCUCCGCGCGCUCGAUAGAUCUGGCAAGCCAUGCCGCAGAUGGGAGCGCAAGGGUCUCCAGCUUAAGAGCAUAUCCGGCGUUGCGUGGUCAGUCGGAUCGUGGGCUGCACCACUCAAAGACAACUCUUCUUUCAGUGGAGAUGUCAAGAGCGAGAACUCGUCGAGCAGCCAAGCCGACAACGUCAGACUCGCGAGCAGCGCAAUCCCCAGCGAUAGGAGCAAUAGCGGUGAAGGGGCCAAGCAGGACAAUGCUCUCGAGAGCUCGCCUGCCCCGGUAUUGGCCAUCGAGGCAUGA